UUAGUGUCAAGUACUAUUUUAUAAUCUCACUCUGUUUAUGUAGAAGCAUCGUCACAACCCAAUGUCAUAUACUAAACUUGUAUCUGACUUUGGUUUAACUGAAGCAGCUGAGACAGAGAAUAUCAGAGACACAGCUGAUUGUGUGCAGGCAGCAGCCACACCUUUCUACCUGCAGUCAGAGUAUGCAGUCAGACCGGUCGGAUGGUAUCUGUUCCUGAGACACUGUGAAAAGUUAUUAUUGUUAACUCGUUGGAUGAUUGGCAGUUUUCUUGUUCUCACAAUUAACUGACAAAAGCCGAUGGUAUCUGUUCCUGGGAGUCAACCAAGCUGAAGGGAGACGGCCGUUCUCUCCUCUUGUCUCCGAUCAACAUGUUUCCUCUGCAGCUGCUCGCUCUGAUCUUCAUCUCCACACCGACUCCCGACCUGAAGAAGAGGAGGCAGGGGGAGGAAGAGGCAGACAGACAGGUAAAGGGGAGGACAGACAGACAGUAUGAGCUGGUGCUGAAGAGGGGAGACCUGCUGGAGGUUCCCCGGACUCUGUUCACUCACUUUGGGAUUUACCUCGGAGGAGGAAGAGUGGCUCAUUUCAUCCCAGACAUUAUGCCGGUUGUCUCCGGUGACCAGAUCCGUAUCGGACAGAUGGUGACCAACAGCCGGCUCCUACUGGGAGUCCUGGCCAAGUGUGGCAGCGUGAGGGUGGACUCGGUGGAGGACUUCGCCUACGGGUCGGAAAUACUCGUCAACGCCUCGGACAAGGUGUGCAGCCGCCCGGCGCUGAACGGCGAGGAGGUGGCGAGGAGGGCGGAGAAGCUGCGGGGUCACGUGCCGUACAGUCUGCUGUGGUACAACUGCGAACACUUCGUCAUGUACUGUCGGUACGGCACUGUCGUGAGCUUCCAGACGUUCCAGUUCUGUAAGACGGUGAGGAAGCUGUUGCUGAGUCGGCGUGUUGCCAAGGUGACGGCGGUGCUGGGGGCGUGUCUUCUCCUCUACCUGAGAGCGGUGAGCGCCGCCCUGCUGGCCGUCCUGCUGCCCUCCCUCAUCUGGAUGGCCUCAUAAACACUCAGAUUAACGAGUGCAUAAACUCUGUGUUCAGCAAAAGUUACAUGAGAAUAAUCUGUACAAAUGUAAUAAAUAUUGUAUUUUUCUGAUAUAUAUAAUAAAACUAACAACAGUUA